AUGGUGAGCUCUGCAAUAAUCUUUGUCCUGUCCCAUUCAUCUAUUUCUGAGAUUCAGUAUUACGUAGAGAGUGGUCGGCUGAUAUCGAGCAGCAAAGUGCAGCAGCUCUACUACGCUGAGCUGAGGCAGAAGGUACUGCAUUCAGAGAGCCGCCAUCAGGAAGCUUUGUUCUUCCAGCUGGCAGCUUCUGCACUCCAGGCUGAAGUCGGAGAUCUGGAGCCGAGAGCAGAGGGGAAUGAUCAUGAGGAGGAGGAGGAGGAGGAAGGAGGAGAAGAGAAAAGACGCAGACAUUACUUUCUUCCUGAAGAUUACUUCCCCUCCUGGCUGAUAAAGCGUCGUGGACGAGACUUCCUGCUUCAGCACUGCCCGGUGUUACACAUUGAGCUGAGAGGGGUGACGCGUAGCCAAGCCGUCCUGCACUUUAUAAAAGAGGUCUGCGACCUGCAGGAUGGACCGGUCACCUUCUACAGGAUCAAACAGAAUAAAAAAGAGCUGAGAAGAUCAAUCCUUCUUGGUGUGGCAUUGAAAGGUGUCAGUAUUUAUCAGGAUUUGGAAGGGAAGCUGUGCCUAAUGUAUGACUUUUCCUGGACCGACAUUGACCGCCUCACUUUCCAGGGCAGCAGGUUUGAAAUCGCUGCAGUGGGCUCUCUGUGCCUCCCUAAGCUGGUGUAUUACACUCCGUCAGCCUUCCACUCCAAACACGUCCUGAGGCACCUCAGUGACAGUCACCGGCUCCACAUCAACACCAGAGGAGUCGUCAGCUACAUCCAACAGCUAGAUGACAUGCAGGCCAGUCACUUGUACAAAGAGGCCUACGUUUGUGACACAACACGCUUAGCACACAGACUGCAGAGCAACAGCCUGACAUCGUCUAUGUCCGAACGGAGUGUUGCAGUCGAAACAGUCACAGCCUGGUCCAAAGAGGAGGAGGAAGAAGAAGAUGAAGUCACAGAGUUUGAGCUUUGGGUGGACGAACCAGUGGAGCGAUUUGUCGACAACCAAGCUGAGCUGUCCGUCGAUGGGCCUGUGAUGUUACCCUUUUCUUAUUGGGCAGCUGUCACCGGGGAAAUGAAAUGGGUUCUGCAGAGGAGAGCUGAUGAAGGGGUUUCUGUGGACUAAUGUACCGCCAGAGGCCAAAGGAUUCAUUACUAGCUCAGAACAAGAUCCCUAAUGUUACUGCUCUGAUGCUCAUAGAUUCAGUACCUAAUCUAUAAAUUAUGCUUGUAAUUACUGUAUGUCUCCAGGGCAACAUAAGAUCAGACAAAUACCUUUUACUUACUGUAUGCAAUUAAUAAUAACAUUAUAUAAAACAAAGAUUUUUAAAACAAUGUAUGUUUUUUUUAAGGUUACUUUUGUUUCCUUGAUGUUUGGAUUGGGUUCAUGGGUUGACUUAAACCUAAUUCAAAUAAAGAUAAUAUGGGCUUCUUAUUACAAAAUGGAAUUUAUAUAGAUGACGU